CGAAGGUGGCCCUGGGCGCAGAGUCGCCACUUCCCGGCCUCUCCUCGCCCCGCCCCGCCCCGCCCCGCGGGGACCCAGUCCUCCUCACCCCAUAGGCAGAGCGACCCUCCCGCCUCCUCGCCGUUUUCUUCUUCUUUAGCCCCCGCCUUUUCACUUUCAAAGUUUAUUCCGGGCCGGGACCUGCGGCGGAAGAGAGCCAUGACUGUCUACCUCGGGAUGCUGCGACUCGGGAGGCUGUAUAUCGCGAGCCUGGGGGCGCAGGGACCCCGGACGCUGUUCUCUCGGCCUUGGCAGAACUCGAAAUGGCACUGUGUCCGCCCUCUCAGUUCUGGAAGGGUGAAUCUCACCAACCCCUUGCCCAUCGGAGGCCUCAGUUACGUUCAGGGCCACACCAGUUCCCACCUUGUCAACUCAACUGUGGGUGAGUGCCUAGAUGCCACAGCACAGAGGUUCCCCGACAGAGAGGCCUUGGUAAUCCUCCAUGAAAACAUCAGGCUGAACUUUGCACAGCUCAAGGAGGAGGUGGACAAAGCUGCUUCUGGUCUCCUGAGCAUUGGUCUCCGCAGGGGUGAUCGGCUGGGCAUGUGGGGACCCAACUCUUAUGCAUGGGUGCUUAUUCAGUUGGCCACUGCCCAGGCAGGCAUCAUCCUGGUGUCUGUGAACCCAGCCUACCAGUCCACAGAACUGGAAUAUGUCCUUCGAAAGGUAGGCUGCAAAGCCAUUGUGUUCCCUAAGCAAUUCAAAACCCAGCAAUACUACGACAUCCUGAAACAUAUCUGUCCUGAGCUGGAAAAGGCCCAGCCAGGGGCCUUGAAGAGUAAGAGGCUACCAGAUCUGACCACAGUCAUCUCAGCGGAUGCCGCUUUGCCAGGGACCCUGCUUCUGGAUGACGUGGUGGCAGCCGGUAGCAAGGAGCAGAAUCUGGCCCAGCUGCGGUACCACCAGCAAUUCUUGUCCUGUUACGAUCCCAUCAACAUCCAGUUUACCUCGGGGACUACUGGCAGCCCCAAGGGGGCCACUCUUUCCCACCACAACAUUGUAAACAAUGCCAUCCUGAUUGGCCAGCGUCUGAAGAUGCCCACAAAGAAUGCAGAAGAGUUGCGGUUGGUGCUGCCCAGCCCCCUGUACCACUGCCUGGGCUCCGUGGGGGGCACAAUGGUGUCUAUAGUGCACGGUGUCACCCUCCUCCUGUCUUCUCCAAGCUUCAAUGGCAAGAAGGCGCUGGAAGCCAUCAGCCGAGAGAAAGGCACCCUCCUGUAUGGCACCCCCACGAUGUUUGUGGAUGUUCUGAAUCAGCCGGACUUCUCCAGUUACGACUUCUCAUCUCUGCGUGGAGGUGUGAUUGCUGGGUCCCCAGCACCCCCCGAGUUGAUCCGAGCCAUCAUCCGCAGGAUGAACAUGAAGGAGCUGGUGGUUGUUUAUGGAACCACGGAGAACAGUCCCGUGACCUUCAUGAACUACCCCGAGGACACCCUGGAGGAGAAGGCUGAGAGUGUGGGCCGAGUUAUGCCUCACACGGAGGCCCAGAUCGUGAACUUGGAGACAGGGGAGCUGAGCAAGCUGAACAUGCCGGGAGAGCUGUACAUACGAGGGUACUGCGUCAUGCAGGGUUACUGGGAUGAGCCUCAGAAGACCUUCGAAGCAAUUGGACAAGACAAGUGGUAUCGGACAGGAGACAUUGCCACGAUGGAUGAACAGGGCUUCUGCAAGAUCGUAGGCCGCUCUAAGGACAUGAUCAUCCGGGGUGGUGAGAACAUCUACCCUGCAGAGCUGGAGGACUUCUUCCACAAGCACCCCCAAGUGCAAGAAGUGCAGGUGGUGGGGGUGAAGGACGAUCGGAUGGGAGAGGAAAUCUGUGCUUGCAUCCGGCUGAAGAGUGGGGAGACCACCACAGAGGAGGAGAUCAAAGCUUUCUGCAAAGGAAAGAUCUCCCACUUUAAGAUUCCCCGAUACAUCGUGUUUGUGGAAAACUAUCCUCUCACCAUCUCAGGAAAGAUCCAGAAAUUCAGACUCCGAGAGCAGAUGGAGCAACGUCUAAAACUGUGACGCAAAGAAGGGUCCUCCCAGAGCCCCUCAGCCUUCCCACACAAUGGAGAACCCUACUGGCCCUUCUCGGCCAGCCCAGGCCCUCCUUAGCCUGCCCAGGCUUCUCUGUCCUCCCACACAAAGGAGGAUCCUCCCAGCCCUCUCGGGCUCUUCUGAGCCCUCCUCGUGUCCCUUGUCAUCUUUGUGACUUGGCAUAAAGAGUUUUCUG